AUGUCUGCUCAAAUCAGCAAGAAGAGAAAGUUUGUCGCCGACGGAGUGUUCCGUGCUGAACUUGGAGAGUUCUUUAUGCGCGAGCUAGCAGAGGAAGGCUACUCUGGCUGCGAAGUCCGUGUAACACACGCCCGCACAGAAAUUAUCAUCCGUGCCACCCACACCCAAGAGGUUUUGGGAGAAAAGGGCCGACGCAUUCGCGAGCUCACCUCGCUCGUCCAAAAACGUUUCAAAUUCCCAGAGGGCUCGUUGGAGCUUUAUGCUGAAAAGGUCUUGCACCGUGGCUUGUCUGCCGUCGCCCAGUGCGAGUCGUUGCGAUACAAGCUGCUCGGUGGUCUGGCCGUUCGUCGUGCUGCCUAUGGUGUCCUUCGCUUCGUGAUGGAGUCCAAUGCCAAAGGUUGCGAGGUCGUCAUCUCUGGCAAGCUUCGUGCUGCUCGUGCAAAGUCGAUGAAGUUUACAGAGGGAUUCAUGAUUCACUCUGGUCAACCCGCCCGCGAUUUCGUCGACGAGGCCGUCCGACAUGUCAUGCUUCGCCAGGGUGUACUCGGUAUCAAAGUCAAAAUCAUGAAGGGGUGGGAUCCCAAUGGCGAGACGGGUCCCAGGAAGCCACUUCCGGACAUGGUGCAAAUCACCGAGCCAGGAAUCGACAAGGUAUUCGCGGAGCCAACAUCAGAACAGCGAGGGCCAGGAGCUGACCAGUCGCUGGGUGCGCCUGUCGCCACCGAGGACUAUGGUGCGCCAGCCGGGGAUGCAUACGCCGCUCCAGCCGAGCCGACCUAUCAGGAGGAGGCCGCUGAGGGCUAUUAG